ACAAAAACAGAGUAUUGUUGAGUUGCGUGGUCGAAGAAAAGAGUGUGAUCUUACUUCAGCUCGUGUAAAACUGAGAAGCGUGAACUCCAAUUCCGUUUGCAACAGUUUCCUCAAUCUCAAGUUCUUCAACGAUCGCGUAGAACCCUAACAAUUUCACAUGACUGGAAACGAGUUUCGCUUCUUCUUGUCCUGCGAUAUCAAUCUUCCCGUCACUUUCCGUAUCGAACGCCUUGAAGGCAAUUUACCCUUUCCCAAUUCCCUUAAUUCAGAAAAUGAUGAUGGAACUGCAGAGUUAUAUGUGGAGUGUGCGUUGCACAUUGAUGGUGCACCGUUUGGACUUCCCACCAGAACAAGGUUGGAGUCCACGGGACCCUCGUAUUGUUGGAAUGAGCUCAUCACGUUAACAGCUAAAUAUCGGGAUUUGACUGCUCAGUCACAACUCACUUUCACUGUUUGGGAUCUUUCUCAUGGUGAAGGAUUGAUUGGAGGAGCCACAAUUCUUCUCUUUAACAACAAAAAGCAGCUCAAGACUGGGAAGCAAAAGCUUAGGCUUUGGGCAGGAAAAGAAGCAGAUGGAACAUUCCCUACUUCUACACCUGGAAAGGUCCCUAGGCAUGAACGGGGGGAGUUGGAGCGUUUGGAAAAGCUUUUGAAUAAGUAUGAGCGAGGCCAAAUUCAACGAGUGGACUGGCUAGAUCGCCUCACAUUCAAAACUAUGGAGAAAAUCAAGGAACGUGAAAGUUUGAAAAAUGGAAGUGCUCAUUUGUAUGUGGUUGUAGACUUCUGUAGUUUUGAGCAUCGAGUUGUUUUUCAGGAAUCUGGUGCCAACUUUUUGUUGCCAUCUCCUAUAGCUUCGACCAAUGAUAUCGUUAUUGUCUGGGACCCAGAGGUGGGAAAAAUUAAUCCCUCUGAGCAUAAACAGUUAAAGCUGGCCAGGAGUUUAACCCGUGGUGUCAUAGACAGAGAUCUGAAGCCAAGCUCAAAUGAGAGAAAGUCCAUCCAGAGAAUAUUGAAGUAUCCACCAACAAGGACUUUGAGUGGAGAUGAUAGGCAACUCUUGUGGAAAUUCCGUUUUUCUUUGAUGUCUGAGAAGAGGGCUCUAACAAAAUUUCUUCGUUGUGUUGAAUGGAGUGAUGUACAGGAAGCGAAACAAGCACUAGAAUUGAUGGGCAAGUGGGAAAUGAUUGACGUUUGUGAUGCACUGGAACUUUUGUCUCCAGUUUUUGAAAGUGAAGAGGUCCGUGCUUAUGCAGUGAGUGUUCUUGAAAGAGCUGAUGAUGAAGAGCUUCAAUGUUACUUGCUCCAAUUGGUUCAGGCUCUUCGGUUUGAGCGAUCUGACAAAUCUCGCCUUUCUCUUUUUCUUGUCCAGCGUGCAUUAAGCAAUAUUGAAUUGGCAAGCUUUCUUCGCUGGUAUGUGGCUGUUGAACUUUAUGACCCUACAUAUGCAAAAAGGUUUUACUGCACAUAUGAAAUUCUGGAGGAGUAUAUGAUGAAGAUGGGAGCUGGUGCAAACGGAGAGGAAGAUGGAUUUAAACGGUGGCAGAGUUUGGUACGACAGACAGAAUUAACUGCUCAGUUGUGUUCAAUCACUAGAGAUGUCAGGAAUGUCCGAGGUAAUACACAGAAGAAGAUUGAAAAGCUUAGACAGCUACUUUCUGGUCUUCUUAGUGAACUUACCUAUUUUGAUGAGCCAAUACGAUCACCUCUGACACCAGAUGUGCUCAUCACUGGGAUUGUGCCCUCAGAGUCAUCAAUAUUUAAAAGUGCAUUGCAUCCUUUGCGCCUUACUUUUAAAACAGCAAAUGGUGGAACCUGUAAAAUCAUUUUUAAGAAGGGGGAUGAUCUUCGCCAGGACCAGUUGGUUGUUCAAAUGGUAUCGUUAAUGGAUCGACUGCUAAAGUUAGAAAAUCUAGACCUGCAUUUAACUCCAUACAAGGUUCUAGCAACUGGGCAAGAUGAAGGCAUGUUGGAAUUCAUUCCAUCCCGUUCAUUAGCACAGAUUUUAUCAGAGCAUCGCAGCAUCAUAAGCUAUUUGCAGAAUUUUCAUCCUGAUGAUCAUGGGCCUUUUGGAAUCACAGCCAACUGUCUUGAAACGUUUAUAAAAAGCUGUGCUGGCUACUCCGUUAUCACAUAUAUACUUGGUAUUGGAGACAGGCACUUAGACAACCUCCUCCUAAGAGACGAUGGAAGUCUUUUCCAUGUUGAUUUUGGUUUUAUUCUUGGGCGAGAUCCUAAGCCAUUUCCGCCACCAAUGAAGCUUUGCAAGGAAAUGGUUGAGGCUAUGGGUGGAGCUGAAAGCCAAUAUUAUACAAGAUUCAAGUCCUAUUGUUGUGAAGCAUACAACAUUCUUCGGAAAUCCAGUAACCUAAUUUUAAAUCUAUUUUACUUAAUGGCGGGUUCCAAUAUUCCGGACAUAGCUUCUGAUCCUGAAAAAGGGAUUCUUAAACUCCAGGAAAAGUUUCGGUUGGACUUGGAUGAUGAAGCCUGUAUACAUUUCUUCCAGGAUCUUAUCAACGAGAGCGUGAGUGCAUUGUUCCCUCAGAUGGUUGAGACCAUUCAUCGUUGGGCUCAAUAUUGGAGAUAACCCUGAUAUCUGUAUCUGUUGGGUUUCAUUACGUUAUUGUCAUUAACCAGCAUCUGAUGCUGUCUGGAGGCUUCUGAAGCAGUUAUAUAACGUGUGCAGCUUUAUCUUCUCUUGGAAGUACAUAAGGAGAGUGAGACAUCAGACACGAGUCGCAGCUGUGAUGUCAGCUGUUUGCACAACUAAUUAUCCUGGUGGCAGUGAGGUUGUCUGCAAAUGUUUAGAUAAAUUAAGAUACAGCAUAACUUGUAAAACUUUUAUCCUGUACAAACUAAUGGUCGUUUAGGGUAAACUAGCCUUUUGCCAUUCGUAUAGAAUCCCACUUACCUACCUAGUCAUUAACCAACAUAUAUUAUGUAAAUAACUUCAGCUAUGAUCCCAUACUUUUUGCCAAAUAGGCCAGAGAUAAAUUACCAAAAUUGCAUCUGUUUGGAUUGUGAGUAUUGAAAAGUGCGACUCUUUUUAAUUAAUGUACAUUCUGUAUGCUUUGAUUUGAUA